AUGGAGGUGAAGGUAGCCACAACCACGUCCUUUCACUGGUCAGGACGCCAUGGGGCGAUUCCUCAAUCUCCGUCUUUCUCGCAAACCCUAACCUCCUCGAAACGCCGCCGUUCUCGUGGAAGAGGCGGAGAUGCAUCCACUGGAGGGUCUAUAGCUUGCCAGACGAGAUUGAAACCGUCGUCGUUUCUCGGAACGCAAUCUGGGAAACUCCACCGAUCCAAAUCCUGUGAGCUUUUGGAAUUUUCCUCUAUUGCCGCUACCACGAAGAAGAUGCAGAAACAUAGUCCCUUACGGAGAGUUUGCAGCGCGAGCUCCGGUUUCUUCUCAGACGAAGAAUUCUCCGUGAAGCUGCAGGAAUUAGCCUUACAAUUCAAAAUUGCCGGCGAAGAAGAAGAAGUAAAGAGAAACGAAGGAAACAAGUAUCAAUCAGAGAUAACCAACGAAGCAGUAGGUAACAGAUUCGGCACGGUGAAGCUUCUACAAGAGUCUGUUCCAGGUUUAGCUUCGCUGGAGGCUCCAUGGAUGGGGAUGGUUAACAAUGUAAGCAUUGAGCGGAAGGCAAACAGUGUUGAUCUGCCUCUCUCUCUCAGAAUCAUAAAGAGGAAGCUGCAAGAAGAAGCGCUCAAAGAAGCUACUGAAUCUACUUAUUGCUCUAUCAACAAAGCCUUCUCUUCUAUGGUGUUUAUGAUCGAAGAGCUCCAAAGCUUUGCGUUGCAGACGAGGGAGACUAUCUUCCACCAAGACUUGCAAUUACAAGGUGUUCUUAAGCAUGUGAAGAAGGAUAUGCACGCUUCGUUGCUGUGGAUUUUCCAACGCGUGUUCUCGCAGACGCCUACUUUGAUGGUGUAUGUGAUGAUCCUAGUGGCAAAUUACACUGUUCACUCAGUUGCAUCAAACCUAGCUAUUGCUGCAUCUCCCCCACACGUAUCGCCAGGUACUAAAGGUGAAGAUGAGACGCAUCAAAGGUUUGAUUUUUCUUCGCUAAAGGAGUCUAGUGGAGGUGGUGGAAUGGAUUUAGGGCCUGUAGUGAGUGGCAAAGAUGGUAAAUGGUUUGGAGGGAUCACUUUUGACAAGGUCUCAGUUUCAGGACAAGGAAUAAGAGAAGAAGAGCUGAGUCUGUGGAAUUCAAUGGUGGAAGAAGCUGAUCAAGUGCAAGAUUCCACUGUGGAUCGUGACAUGAGACUGAGACUUGUUUCACCGAUCAUUGCGAGGAUUGAAGUGGACGAUUAUGCCAAUUACACUAGAACAGAGCUUUUGUAUAAGAUAGGCUUGGCUCAAGAACCGAGCAACCCUCUGCUCCUAGCUAACUACGCUCAGUUCCUUUACCUCGUUAGUCAAGACUACGACAGAGCGGAGAAGUGUUUCAAGAAAGCCAUAGAGUCGGAAGAAGUAGACGCAGAAGCGUACAGCAAAUACGCCGUCUUCCAGUGGAAAGCUCGGAGUGAUCUGUGGGCAGCUGAGGAGAACUUUCUAGAAGCUAUAUCUGCAGAGCCUACCAACUCCUUCUAUGCAGCCAACUACGCCAACUUCCUCUGGCAAACCGGUGGCGAAGAAACGUGUUUCCCUCUGGAAUCUUCUGAUUCUCCUUAG